UAUCUCGUAUUUUUUUAUCUUAUAAGAAUGACCUUCUACAUAAGAUUUUAAUAGAGUUUACGAAGGAAAUCUAAUUUAACUUCUUCAGAACAGAAAUGGAAAAUAAAAACUUAUGUGCGGUAUUGAAAGAGACGGAAAAAAUCUGCCUUGAGUACAGAAAGGUAAAACAACCACUAUCGAAUGAAGUUUUAGUUGAAAUUCACUUUGUUGGAAUUUGCGGUUCUGAUAUCCACUUCUGGAAAGACGGAGCCAUUGGCAAAAAUAAAAUGACUUCUCCAAUGAUGUUGGGUCAUGAGUUAAGCGGCGUUGUUAUUGAAGUUGGUGCGGAAGUAACACGUCUGAAAAGAGGUGACAGAGUUUGUAUAGAACCUGGUGUUCCUUGUCUCAAAUGUGACUACUGUAAAGGAGGACGUUACAACCUUUGUCUGAGUGCUAAGUUUUGUGGAACGAUAAAGACUGAAGGAAUGCUUCGUCGAUAUUAUUGUCACAAUGCAGAUUUUUGUUUCAAAUUACCAGAUAAUGUUACUUUAGAAGAAGGGGCUUUGGUAAAGCCAUUAUCUGUUGCCAUUCAUACCUGUCACCGAACUCGAGUUAGAGCAGGAAAAUCUGUACUCAUAUGUGGGGCAGGUCCAAUUGGCUUGCUUCACUUGUUAACAUGCAAGGCAAUAGGUGUCACUAAAAUAUGCAUCACAGAUAUAUGCGAAAAACGCCUUGCAGCAGCUAAAAACUUAGGAGUAAAUGGCCAAAUCUGUGUGAAUAAUAAAGACUUGGAAAGUAUUAUUAAAGAAGUAGAUUCGGUGUUAGGUGGAAUGCCCGAUAUUACUAUGGAAUGUAGUGGCGCAGAAUCUGGUAUAAAGUUGAGCAUCAAGGUUACCAAAUCUGGAGGAGUAGUGGCCUUGGUUGGACUUGGUGCAUCAGAAAUGAAUCUACCUAUUAUUGAAGUCGUAACAAAAGAAUUAGAUAUCCAAGGGAUAUUUCGAUACGCUAACUGUUACCCAACCGCGCUAGAGAUGUUAGCAAGUGGAAUAGUAGACCUGAAAAGCCUGAUAACUCACCACUUCAGAUUGGAAGAUACGGCAAAAGGAUUCCAGGUUGCUCAGUCUGGAAUUGAUGGUGCUAUCAAAGUAUUAAUUCAAUGUAAACAACCUUAAAUAUUUGGAGUGUAUCGUUUACAAGCUAAAAAGAGUGGAAUUAUUUGGCAUAGUUUUUGUUUAGUUUUUGUUAUUUUUAUUUUACUUCUAACAAAUAUUUUGAUUAGCUGAAUUCUUUUACAACAAUGACAAAAAAGAAGAAGAAUCAAAAGAACCAGAAUAUGGUAAAAUUUUCGACGUUUCUGGCUCUAUUGGAACGCCAAAAAUCUCGAUAAUUGUUACCAAAGCACUUUGAUAAU